AUGGCACCCUCCAACAACAACCAGGACUUCCAGCUCAGCGAAGUCUUCAAUGUCAAGAACAAGGUCGCUCUCGUUACUGGAGGCGGCUCGGGGAUCGGCUUGAUGGCCACCCAAGCUCUUGCCGUGAACGGUGCCAAGGUCUACAUCGUCGGCCGCACCAAGGAGAAGCUCGACAAGGUUGUCGAGGUAUAUGGCAAGGAUAUCCCCGGCGAGAUCAUCCCGCUCGUCGGCGACGUGACGGACAAGGCAGGCGUGGAGAAGCUCGUCAAGGAGAUCGAGUCGCGCGAGAAGUGCCUCUGCAUCCUAAUCAACAAUGCUGGCAUCGCCGCUGAAAAGACGACGCCGGACGGCGAGAAUGCCGAGGAACUGAAGAAGAACCUGUUCGAACCCACCACCGUCAAGGAAUGGACGGAUAUCUACGCCACCAAUGUCGUUGGCCCUUACCUCAUGGCCACGGCCUUCCUGCCUCUGCUGCAGCGCGCGACGGAGCACCAGCACGGCUUCUCGGGCACCAUCAUCAACAUCACGUCCAUCAGCGGCAUGAUCAAGAUCUCGCAGGGCCACUUCUCGUACAACGCCAGCAAGGGCGCCUUCAUCCACCUCAACAAGAUGCUAGCGUCGGAAGUGGCCAAGGCCGGUCUGAAGAUCCGCAUCAACAGCAUCGCGCCCGGCGUCUUCCCGAGCGAGAUGACGACUCAAGAGAGCGGCGAGGACCAGAAGAGCACGAUUCCCAAGGAACACAAGGCCGGCCUACCUUCGCAGAGGCCCGGCAACGACAGGGACAUGGCGAGCGCCAUCAUCUUUGCCGCUACCAACCAGUACCUCAAUGGCCAGAACUUCGCCGUCGACGGCGGCUACACGAUACAAGUCGGACAAGUGAACAACCCUUCCUUUGAGCUUUCCGACACUUCAUAUGCUUCCUUCCAGCGCGCCGAGGAAGGCAGACGCAGCAGCACGGCCAAGACGCCCAGCGGCGUCAAUGAAAAUGACGCUCAAGAGUCAUGGUCGCUCGUUGGGACAGAAGCUGCCAUGCCCGAGCAGAGAGAGGCUACGCGACUAGGCUCAAGCUGGUGGAAACGAGAGAUGCUCGUUGACCGCAGCCUCUGCGGCAUGGCCGCCCUAACCUCGCUUUUUGCUUUCAUCAUGCUCGUUGUCUGCAUCUCCGCCUCGCCCAAAUUCACCCAGCAACUCGAAAGGAACCCGAACUCGACUUCCAUAGCCUUCCAGCAGGGCUCUUGCAAGUCCGUCGAGCCGGGCUAUCAAGCCUUGAAAUUCUUGAUCAAUGUUGCCUCCACCAUGAUCCUCGGCAUGUCAAAUACAUACCAGCAGCUUGCGACCGCCUUACGAGUCGACGACGUCGCCUACAUGCUGUCCAAACACGGUGAUUGUCGCGUGGGCACAAACUCGCCCUUUGCCAUCAACUACAAACGUACCGACCGCUUGAAGUCCUGGCUUAGCUGGACGCUGCUGAUACUGACCUCUAUGCCCAUCCAUUUGCUCGCCAACUCUCUAAUCGGUACAUCGACCUAUCGGACAAGCCCGACAGUCUCGUACGCACCACAGUCCAACUUUACACAGUGGAGCUCAAGCUACCAAGACGGUAAUUACUAUUACUACCCUAAUUCCGUCUACAGUAGUGUAUGUCUCACUGCCUUCAAUGAAGGGUCAUUUGACAGUCUACUGGCCAAGUGGACCAAUGACUCCGACUUGGUUGACGAAUGGAAUAACUACAUUGGAACAACAAAUGUAGUCAAUAUCUACUACGAUGCAGAAUUGUGCGAAGAAAGGAACAGAACCAAGUCAGCAAACUGCACUCUUAGCCAGAUAGAGUGCUUGGACGAUUCUACCUCGACAGGCCAAAAAGAUUGCACUCUCGUCUUGCGCAUGCAGCCCGCCUUGAUUUUGACAGGCUGUCUCUUAGCGAAAGCUAUCUACAUGGCCCAUACCAUGUACUCGGCACGUGGCCAGGUAAAGUCCCACCUUCUGAACUUUGGCGAUGUGCUUGUCGUCUCCUCGCUGUAUCCCCGCCUUCAGGUUCACGGGGAGUGCAUGACGAGUAAAGGCGACUUCCACCGGCGACAGAUCAAGCAUACUUGCCACAAGCACUGCAAAGAUCCAGACCCGUCAGACACAGGAGAAGAGCUGGGCCACUGUCAGGAGUGCAAAAAGUUCAACGUGGUUUACAACCACACAAAAUUGCCAUGGCCAACGCUAGCCAUGAAACGAAAGAGAGCCUUUCUUGGAACACUCGGUCAGACUGCUUUGACCCAAAUCCUUCUCCUGUGUCUGUUGUCUGUUGGCUCUCUGACUUGGUCCAUCAUGCUCGGCCUCUCGGUCGGUAGUGACUGGAAAGGCAUGUAUACCGGCAAGAACGCAUCAACACCGCACGUCAGCCUGGUGGCAUAUCUUAGCAGGAGCUUUGGUUUGGCUGCACUACCUCCCAACCGGAUCAGCAGCGAAAUCGCUUCGUACUUCAUCUCCAACGGCCUGCAGUUUGUCUACUCGACCAUCUACCUGCUACUCAUCUACAACCUCACCCUCAUCUCCAUGGAGUUCGACUGGGGCAAGCUCGAAAAGUUCGGCGGCCGGCUGCGCUGCACCAUCGUCAAGGACCGACCUUUCAACCAGUCUUACCUGCUCCAGCUCCCAAAACGAAUUCUCAUCCCGACCAUGACCUACAGCAUCAUAAUGCAUUGGCUUUUAGGCCUGUCAAUGCAAACCGAAGAAGUCAUCUACGAGGCGUCGGAGCGUUCCUACUCCCAAUACACGGUAAAAUGCGUGCCGAACGGACUCUUCGGCUCGACGACGAUGCUGAUCGCCAUGACAAUCACUUGUUGGCGCACUUUCUCCUAUCGCCGCGAGGGCUUCGUUCCGCAAAUGUACGGAUCGAUCAGGGUGUUAUGCGCGUCAACGACUCACUUGGAUGAUUUCAAUGAUGAUGGCCACGUCAAAUGGGGUGAUUUGGGACAAGGCGAGGUCUUCCGGCGUGCUGGUUUAUCGUCCAAGCCGGUGGGAAAGAUCGUUCCAAAUGAGCUGUAUUCAUAG